AUGGACACUUUCCAAGCCAGCUUUGAUUGGUCUUUCAAGGCCAAACAUCCCUUCAAGGUGAUUGUUGUAGGAGCUGGCAUUGCCGGACUCACCGUGGCACUGGGGCUGAAAAAGGCCGGACACGAAGUCCUGAUCUUGGAACGAGUUCAUGAGAUCGCAGAAGUUGGCGCCGGUAUUCAAGUGGCUCCAAAUGCUGCACGGAUCCUUGGACGGCUCGGUCUGCUAAGUCAAGUUAUGGAGAGGGCAAAUGUCCGAGAACAGAAUUCUCUGCGUCGCUAUGCAAACAACGAAGAACUUGGAACUGCUCCUUUGAUGCCCCAAGUUGGCCAGAAAUACAAUGCCCCAUUGGCAGUCGUCCACCGAGGAGAUCUCCAACGCAUUCUUCUAGAAGGCGUCAAAGCCACAGGCAUCGAGUUGCGCACCAGCUCUCGGGUCAUCAGAGCGGUAGAUGAAUUUGAAGCCAGUGUCCAGCUCGAAUCAGAGGAAUGGAUUUCUGGAGAUGUAGUCAUCGCCGCAGACGGUAUCAAAUCCGAUCUCCGCCACCAGGUCGCAUCCCACCACGGACACACUGAUACCUGCCAGCCCACCGGCGAUGCAGCAUACCGCAUUAUGAUCCCCAAGGGAAUGAUGCAGGGUGAUCAGCGCGCGCUAGAUCUGCUGAACCACAAUGUCGGUAUGCGCUGGAUGGGACCUGGAGGACACAUCAUGGCACACCCGACCAAGAACAACACUGUCUACAACAUGGUACUGCUACAUCCCCAGAAGCUGGGUACUUCAAACGAAGAGAGCUGGACUAGUAAGGGAGACAAGCAAGAGAUAAUCUCCUUCUAUCACGACUGGGGCGAUCUGGUCCGGAGUCUUCUGAGUUAUGUUCCGGAUGGUGAGGUUAUGGAGUGGACUUUGAAAUCACACCGUCCUUUGCCUUCGUGGCUUGAGAACAGAUGCGUACUCAUGGGUGAUGCUUGUCAUCCAAUGCUUCCAUAUGUUGCCCAAGGAGCUGCGCAGGCAAUUGAGGAUGCGGGUGUGCUUACGUGCGCUCUAUCUCUGACUGAUUCAGUUCCCAAGGCGUUGGCGGUAUAUGAAUUAGUACGGAAAGAGCGCGCAGAGCGUAUACAGAAUAGUGCUACGGUAACAAGAAAAGCACUCCAUUUGCCUGAUGGCGCGGCACAGCGGAAACGUGACGAUGCAAUCCACGGAUCAGGUAAAACCCCUGAUCUCUGGGCUGAUCCUAGCUGGCAAGACUUUAUGUGGGGGACGGAUGUUAUGAAGGAUAUGGUUGAUAAGUGGGACGACCUGGUCGCUCACAGUCACGGAUAUCAUCUACAUACACUGCAGGCAAUCGGAUGCUGA